UCAUCCAUAUCAAAAAAACACGAUUAGGAAUCCUCCCCUGCCUUUCCAAAAAAUAAAAAAUAAAAAAAUCCAAAUAGUAAAAUAGAACGAAAUUCUCCAAAAAAGAAAGGUGGGGGGACAAAAAGAUAGCCAUAUAACAGGCAAAAACGUAGCCUCAUUGAAACUCUCAACCCCUUCCCCGGUUUUCUCUUCUCUCUCCGAUGGCUAGCAAUUCGUCAGCAUCAGCAGGUAGUAAUCCUCCGGCGAAACCGUGGGAACGUGCCGGGUCGUCAUCGGGCCCGGCGCCGUUUAAGCCACCGUCAGCGGGUACCACAAGUGAUGUUGUGGAAGCUUCUGGAACAGGAAGGCCCGGUGAGAUUGUUUCGACUGCGGAUAGGAAUGCUUCAACUGUCAAUGCAAAUGCGGUGGGGCGGCCUAUGCCCUCUAGGCCUUGGGAGCAGCAGCAGCAAAGUUACGGAGGUUAUGGUUCCAGUUUAAAUUACAAUACUGGUUACGGGAGUGGAAUGUACAAUUCGUAUGGCGGUUUAGGUGGGUCUUAUGGCGGUUUAGGUGGGUCUUAUGGCAGUGGCUUGUAUGGAAACAACAUGUAUAGAGGAGGGUAUGGUGGACUUUAUGGAGGUGGCAUGUAUGGAGGGGGAAUGUAUGGUGGUGGUUAUGGCAUGGGUGGCAUGGGUGGCAUGGGUGCUCCAUAUGGUGACCAGGACCCUAACAAUCCCUUUGGUGCUCCUUCUUCUCCGCCAAGCUUUUGGGUUUCCUUAAUGAGGGUGAUGCAAGGCGUCGUCACUUUCUUUGGACGAGUUGCGAUAUUAAUUGACCAAAAUACCCAGGCAUUUCACAUGUUUGUGACGGCUCUUCUUCAGCUGUUUGAUCGCUCUGGGUUAUUAUAUGGGGAGCUUGCUAGAUUUGUUCUAAGAAUAUUGGGAAUUCGAACAAAGCCAAAAAAAGGUCAACCCCCUGGUCCUCAUGGGCUUCAAGGUCCACAUAAUCCCCACGGGAACCAAAACUAUAUCGAGGGACCCAAGGCUCCUCCAAGUGGUGGCUGGGAUAAUCUAUGGGGAGAUAACGCAAACAAUUAAUUUGAUGGAAUGCUUAAUCAAUGGUGCCGAUGGGAGUUGGCUGUUAAAUGUUUACGAAUCCAGAAGAUUGAUAUUGUGAUGCUGCAAUUGUGUGUCCGGGAUAGCACAAAACCUCUUAGUGGAGAAUUUUUUUGCCGGUGAUCUACCUGUACCUGUCUCUCUGUUGUCUCCCUCUGUUGCAGCACACACAAACAGAUCUACAUAAUGAAUACUGGUUGUGCUGGUUUCUGGAUGAACAAUCCCAAAAUGAACAGGGGGAUGAACAAAUAAUGUAACCAAUAAUGUAGUGUGAAAGUUGUAAUAUAUGGCUUGUCUUGAGCUCUUUGAGACCUACUGUUUGUCAGUGUCUUUUCCGGUUUAAUUCAACCUUCAGACCGUGGCUGUGAUCCCUCAGGGCUCUCUACAGAUAUUGAUUAUGUUAAUCAACUUAAAUGCCAUACUCUGGACGUUGGUUGAUCAUACAUAAUUCAUUUGCAUGGAGUAACAGUACCAAAUUCUUUUGUAUGAUGUUUAUUUCCUUCUA